CUGGGACGAGACACGCAGAAAUGGCACCUCGAAAGGGGAAGGAAAAGAAGGAAGAACAGGUCAUCAGCCUCGGACCUCAGGUGGCUGAAGGAGAAAAUGUAUUUGGUGUCUGCCACAUCUUUGCAUCCUUCAAUGACACCUUUGUCCAUGUCACUGAUCUUUCUGGCAAGGAAACCAUCUGCCGUGUGACUGGUGGGAUGAAGGUAAAGGCUGACCGAGACGAGUCCUCUCCAUAUGCUGCCAUGUUGGCUGCCCAGGAUGUAGCCCAGAGGUGCAAGGAGCUGGGCAUCACCGCUCUUCACAUCAAACUCCGGGCCACAGGAGGAAAUAGGACCAAGACUCCUGGACCAGGGGCCCAGUCAGCUCUAAGAGCCCUUGCCCGCUCGGGAAUGAAGAUCGGACGGAUUGAGGAUGUCACUCCCAUCCCCUCCGACAGCACCCGCAGAAAGGGGGGUCGCCGUGGUCGCCGUCUGUGAACAGGACUCCUCAAAUUAUUUUCUGUUAAUAAAUUGCCUUCGUGUCCG